CUCUUCACUGCAUCCUCAGCAUUACAUCGUAGCUCCUGCACUCAGCACACGGUCCUCGCAACGGUGAACUUCUAGACCACCACCGCCAACGACCACCUCUAACCGCUCCCGACCCCCGAUCUCGGCCCGGCCCCACAUUGUCGUCUCUUCUUCUGAGCUAGCCGCUGCCAUCAAUUCGCCGGAAGGAGAGGAGCACUCCCACAAUCAGCGCAAAUCCCCCAAGUAUCACCCUUGAGCUCCACCCGCGUCCCUCUCCCCUCUCUCACUCUGCCCAGCAUGUCUGUCGCUGCACAGACUCGCGAUGUGCACAACCACCUUCUCUUUGAGUGCGCUUGGGAGGUAGCCAACAAGGUCGGAGGUAUCUACACCGUCAUCAAGACUAAGGCCCCCGUCACUGCUGCCGAGUAUGGCGACCGCCUCACCCUCAUCGGACCCCUCAACUACAAGACGGCGCCCAUGGAGGUGGACCCUCUAGAGCCAGACAGCGAGCCGAUGCGCAAGACGCUCGAGUCAAUGGCAGCUCGGGGUGUCAAGUUCCUCUAUGGUCGCUGGCUCAUCGAAAGGGCCCCACGUGUCCUCUUGUUCGACACUGGCAGCAUGUACCACAAGCUGGACGAGUGGAAGGGCGACCUCUGGAACUCGGCUGGGAUCCCCACGCCCCAGAACGAUCAUGAGACCAAUGAGACUCUCAUCUUUGGGUAUCUGGUCGCCUGGUUCCUGGGAGAGUUUGCCGUCAAUGAGCGUCAAAAGGCUAUUGUAGCGCACUUUCACGAAUGGCAAGCAGGUCUCGCAAUCCCCCUCUGCCGCAAUCGACGCAUCGAUGUCACUACCAUCUUUACCACUCACGCUACCCUUCUCGGACGAUACCUUUGCGCUGGCUCAGUCGACUUUUACAACAAUCUCCAAUACUUUGACGUGGACCACGAGGCUGGAAAGAGGGGCAUCUACCACCGGUACUGCAUCGAGCGAGCCUCGGCCCACUGCGCCGACGUGUUCACCACUGUGAGCCACAUCACCGCGUACGAGAGUGAGCAUCUCCUCAAGAGGAAGCCAGAUGGAGUGUUGCCCAAUGGUCUCAACGUCGUCAAAUUUUCGGCCAUGCACGAGUUCCAGAAUCUCCACGCUCAAGCCAAGAAUAAGAUUUCCGAGUUCAUCAAGGGCCACUUUUACGGUCACUACGACUUUGAUCUGGACAAUACCCUCUACUUUUUCACUGCUGGACGAUACGAAUAUCGUAACAAGGGUGUGGACAUGUUCAUCGAGUCGCUCGCUCGUCUAAACUACCGACUGCAAAAGGCGGGAAGCAAGACGACGGUCGUAGCCUUUAUCAUCAUGCCCGCUGCCACGAAUUCGUACACGAUCGAGGCGCUCAAGGGUCAGGCAGUCACAAAGCAGCUGAGGGAUACUGUUGAGCAGAUUCAGGCUCGCGUCGGCGAGAGGUUGUUUGAGAGGACCGCAAGAUACCAGGGCGAAGGCGGCAACGACCUCAUCGACCCUACCACGCUCCUCUCUGAUGCCGACAAGAUUCUGCUGAAGCGAAGGAUUUUCGCCCUGAAGCGUAACUCUCUCCCGCCUGUCGUCACGCACAACAUGGCCGAUGACAGCAACGACCCGAUUUUGAACCAAAUCCGCCGAGUACAGCUCUUCAACCGCCCUCAGGAUAGGGUGAAGAUCAUUUUCCACCCCGAAUUCUUGAAUGCCAACAACCCGAUCCUGGGUCUUGACUACGAGGAGUUUGUACGAGGAUGCCAUUUGGGAGUCUUCCCGUCCUACUACGAGCCUUGGGGAUACACGCCUGCCGAGUGUACCGUCAUGGGAGUGCCAAGCAUCACCACGAACCUGUCCGGCUUCGGAUGCUUCAUGGAAGAUCUCAUCGAGUCGCCCGAGCAGUACGGUAUCGGCAUCGUCGACCGUCGCUCGUGCUCGGUAGAGGAGUCGGUGGACGCUCUUACGACGCAGAUGGAGCGCAUCGCCAAUAUGAACAGGAGGCAGCGUAUCGCAAUGAGGAACAGGACUGAGAGGCUGAGCGAUUUGCUCGACUGGAAGAAGCUGGGACUGGAGUAUGCAAAGGCUCGUCAGCUGGCGCUGAGGAGGGCAUACCCGGACUCGUUUGCUGAAGAGGACGAGACGGGCUACUUUGACGAGUCGAACAUCAAGGUGCCUCCUCCGGCGUCGAUUCCUGGCUCUCCUCGCGUUCGCACGCCGGGUGAUUUGGGUACGCUGACCGAGGAUAUGCAAGGUCUGGGCACGAGCGACUACCGCGGGUCUUCCUUCUGGAAGGCCAUUGGCGCGAAUGAUGACGAGGACGAGGAAGUGUACAAGUUCCCACUGGUGAUGAAGUCUUCGAGACAUCGAGGCAACUCUGUGGGAUCCGUCUCGGGCAUGUCCACCCCGGGCAUCUUGGGCGGCAAGACUCUCUCGGCUCAAGAUUUGGACCGCGCAGACGAGGCGCUAAGCCAUCAUCAGAGUACCAAUGGCAAUGGCCGAGCAUGAGGGGGGGAGGGUAGCGGGGAGGGAUGAGGGAGGACAAGUGGAGGGCAUGCGUGCUUCUCAGAAGCGUGGCCGCGGAUGUAGACGGACGUAUAUCGCAACGACGGACAUAAGCAAGUUAAAGUUGUCUUUUCUUCGGAACACACCCCAAAUGUAGUCAUCUUCUAUCUGUCUUUGUUUUGUGAAGCGAGGCGAGGCGAGCCGGGCCCCUAUCAUCCGAUGCGACGCCUGGCGAGGCGGAUGUGGAUGGAUCCAAUCUCCCCGGUUUGACCCAAUGCACUGGUGUCAUUUUCAAUCUGGCCACAUCUUCCC